CGUUGACCUUCGCCGUAUCCUGAGAGAAGCACCAUGGCUACGACCUGGCACCGUCUCGCCCCGUCGUUUAUCAUUCUCUCUUCCAUAAUCUGGAUCGAUCUCUGCUCCAGCACUUUCUUUUCCGCCGUCGCAGAUCCUCUCCGGAGGCCGAUGGUUAUACCUCUGCAUAUGUCGUCGCGCAAUUAUUCCAUCGACCGACACGUGGACAGUCGCCGCCGCCACCUCCAACAAUCCAAGCUCACGCGAGCCCCUAACGCUCGCAUGAGACUCUAUGAUGAUCUCCUUUCCAACGGUUACUACACCACUCGUCUGUGGAUUGGGACACCGCCGCAGGAAUUCGCUCUUAUCGUGGACACGGGAAGCACCGUCACUUACGUGCCUUGCUCUACCUGUGAGCAGUGCGGCAAGCAUCAGGAUCCAAGGUUCCAACCAGAUUUAUCCAGCACUUAUGACCCUGUAAAAUGCAAUCCCAGCUGUAACUGCGAUGCUGAGCAAAAACAAUGUACCUAUGACAGAAGGUAUGCUGAGAUGAGCUCCAGCAGUGGGGUGCUCGGAGAGGAUAUUGUCUCAUUUGGCAAUGAAAGUGAGCUUGCACCCAAGCGUGCUGUUUUUGGUUGUGAAAAUAUGGAAACUGGUGAUCUUUACAGCCAGCGUGCUGAUGGCAUAAUGGGUUUGGGUCGUGGGCGGCUUAGUAUUGUAGAUCAACUGGUUGAAAAAGGUGUUAUUAAUGAUACAUUUUCUUUAUGUUAUGGGGGGAUGCAUGUUGGUGGGGGAGCCAUGGUUCUUGGUAGAAUUUCUCCUCCCCCAGAUAUGGUGUUCUCACAUUCAGACCCUUACCGCAGCCCAUAUUACAACAUCGACCUGAAGGAAAUUCAUGUUGCUGGAAAGCCACUGAAGUUAAACUCAGCGAUAUUCAAUGGAAGGCAUGGAACAGUCUUGGACAGUGGGACCACAUAUGCUUACCUUCCAAAAGAUGCUUUUGUUGCAUUUAAGGAUGCUAUCAUAAGGGAAGUUCACUCUCUCAAAAGGAUUCAUGGCCCUGAUCCAAGUUAUGAGGAUAUCUGUUUUUCUGGUGCUGGAAGGGAUGUUUCUCGGCUGUCAAACAUUUUCCCAGAUGUUGAUAUGGUAUUUAGCAAUGGGCAAAAACUGUUACUGUCUCCAGAGAACUACUUGUUCCAACACACAAAGGUUAGUGGUGCAUAUUGCCUGGGAAUUUUCCAAAAUGCUGAUCCAACUACCCUUUUAGGAGGAAUUGUUGUUCGCAACACUUUAGUAACUUAUGAUCGGGAGGAUGACAAGAUUGGCUUUUGGAAAACUAAUUGUUCAGAACUAUGGAAGAGACUGCACUUCCCUGGUGAUUCUGCACCACCACCUUUGGUUUUCCAUGAUAAUAAUGUUACAAAUAUAGAAAUACCUCAUGUACCAGCCCCAAGUGAAUUGCCUUCAAAUGUCCUUCCAGGUCCAUUUCCAGUGGGAUUUAUAACAUUUCUUAUGUCGAUUAGCACAAAUGAUUCCAACAUCAAUCCCAACUUUGAGGAGCUUGGAAGGAUAAUAGCAAAGGAGUUGGAAGUUGAUAAUUCUCAGCUCCGUCUGUUGAACUUUACUACCAAGGGGGAGGAUUACCUAAUAAGAUGGGGUAUUUUCCCAGCUGCAUCGACCAAUUACAUUUCUAAUAUUACAGCUCUGGGCAUAAUACUGCGUUUAAAGGAACAUCACGUGCAGUUUCCUGAGAGAUUUGGGAAUUAUCAGUUGAUAGAUUGGAAUGCCGAACCUCCAAAGAAGUUGACAUGGUGGCAGCAGCACUAUAUCGCAGUGUUCACUGGUUUAAUUAUUACAAUGCUUAUUGGUUCUCUUGCCAUUGGGAUUUGGUUAGUUCGGAGACAUAGACAAAGAGUGACCAGUGCUUAUGAACCUGUCAAUGCCAGUGGUCAAGAAAAAGAGCUUCAGCCGCUAAGUACAUAAAUUUUCAUCUGAUCAUGAUUAUUUUUGUGCUUGCUUUCUUUCAUAUUUAUGAUCUAGCUAGCAAGCAUGAUGUGCUUCGAAGAUCAGAUUCAUCCAUACAGGGAUCAAAAUCUGGAUCAUCCUGAAUAGAGAUUUGCUAUUUGCUGCUGUUUUGUACAAUUAAAAAGAAAAAAAAAAGGAGGAAAAGAAUAGAAAACAAACUAUAGGGACGAGAAUCUAUUAUCAAUAGUUUCAAGCAUCAUGUAUGUAGAACAUAUCUCAGAUUGAGCGAUAGAAAAUAUUUAUUGGCAAGUCAUACAAAGAUCUGCUUUGUUAAAGGAAUUAUAUAGUCAGUAACUAUUACAAUUACU